UAGUUGCCGUAAUAAGUUACAACAAAUACGGCAAGGAGCAACGGAAACAGUACAGUCUUAUAACCUACGAUUUAGACAACAACUCAAUGAAUUAAUUUACGCCGUUCAAAAUAAACACCAAAAUCCAAUUUCAAGAAGGAUAGCUAUAGAAGAAGAAGAAACAGAAGCUACUCGAACAUAUGUGCUCAAUCUCCGCAGGGACAUAGGCAUGCUCGUAAUACCAAGUAAACCGAAAUUAUUAAUAGAGGCACAAACAAUGGCAGCCGACAUGGAACUGUGGACUCGCGACGCGAAUCGUGCCAUGGAGCGUCGACAAGUGCCAUCCAGAAUUCCUCCACCUAAACAACAAGGGCAACGCCCAAAUACACCGAGUGAUCGACCAAACCAUUCGAUACCUUUGAAGUGUACAAAGUGCGGAAGAUUAGGACACACCAGUGACAAGUGCUACGCGCGAAAUUUUCAAGUGGCCAACCAGGGAAAAAUUCCACCACCAAGAGUGAACAACCUCAAUUCUCAAGAGAACAAAGUGACAGAAACAACAUCCGAAUCAACUGCACCACCGGAAAAUUACUACAAAUUUGCUGCAGAGUUCCAGGAAUGUCGAGAAUCGGAAGACUACUCGUGGACACAGGAGCAGGAAUCAACAUCCUCAAGCGAUCAGUAGCUGAAAGAAUAGAGCCGACAGAAAGCAAAACAUUCUUUAUGGAAAACUACUCCUCACACACUGUCUCCGGGAAAAACAACAAAACGAACACAAUAUCUAGACGGAAAACCUGUUCAAAUAUGCUACAUCAACACUGGUAAGCAAGACCAUCAGAUUACAAACGAAAUAGAACCAGAUGAUAAAAUCGAUCAAAUUAACAAAUUUGCAAAAAUUAUUAGAACUAAACAUAUUGAUCCAAGUUUACGAGACCCUUUAGAGAAAAUCCUUAUUAACUAUCUUGACGUUUUUAAUUUAGAAACUGACUUACUUCCUUGUACAUCCCUUACGGAACAC